GGGACCCGGCUGGCAGCGGCGUGGGGAGAGAUCAGCAUGAGCCAAGGGGUCCGCCGGGCAGGCGCUGGGCAGGGGGCAGCGGCCGCGGUGCAGCUACUGGUCACCCUGAGCUUCCUCCGGAGCGUCGUCGAGGCGCAGGUCACUGGAGUUCUGGAUGAUUGCUUGUGUGACAUUGACAGCAUCGAUAACUUCAAUACCUACAAAAUCUUCCCCAAAAUAAAAAAAUUGCAAGAGAGAGACUAUUUUCGUUAUUACAAGGUUAAUCUGAAGCGACCUUGUCCUUUCUGGGCAGAAGAUGGCCACUGUUCAAUAAAAGACUGUCAUGUGGAGCCCUGUCCAGAGAGUAAAAUUCCGGUUGGAAUAAAAGCUGGGCAUUCUAAUAAGUACUUGAAAAUGGCAAACAAUACCAAAGAAUUAGAAGAUUGUGAGCAAGCUAAUAAACUGGGAGCAAUUAACAGCACAUUAAGUAAUCAAAGCAAAGAAGCUUUCAUUGACUGGGCAAGAUAUGAUGAUUCACGGGAUCACUUUUGUGAACUUGAUGAUGAGAGAUCUCCAGCUGCUCAGUAUGUAGACCUGUUGCUGAACCCAGAGCGUUACACUGGCUAUAAAGGGACCUCUGCAUGGAGAGUGUGGAACAGCAUCUAUGAAGAGAACUGUUUCAAGCCUCGAUCUGUUUAUCGUCCUUUAAAUCCUCUGGCACCUAGCCGAGGCGAAGAUGAUGGAGAAUCAUUCUACACAUGGCUAGAAGGUUUGUGUCUGGAGAAAAGAGUCUUCUAUAAGCUCAUAUCAGGACUUCAUGCUAGCAUCAAUUUACAUCUAUGCGCAAAUUAUCUUUUGGAAGAAACCUGGGGUAAGCCCAGUUGGGGACCUAAUAUUAAAGAAUUCAAACGCCGCUUUGACCCUGUGGAAACCAAGGGAGAAGGUCCGAGAAGGCUCAAGAAUCUUUACUUUUUAUACUUGAUUGAGCUUCGAGCUUUGUCAAAGGUGGCUCCAUAUUUUGAGCGCUCAAUUGUCGAUCUUUACACUGGAAAUGCAGAAGAAGAUGCUGACACAAAAACUCUUCUACUGAACAUCUUUCAAGAUACAAAGUCCUUUCCCAUGCACUUUGAUGAGAAAUCCAUGUUUGCAGGUGACAAAAAAGGGGCCAAGUCACUAAAGGAGGAAUUCCGAUUACAUUUCAAGAAUAUCUCCCGUAUAAUGGACUGUGUUGGAUGUGACAAAUGCAGAUUAUGGGGAAAAUUACAGACUCAGGGUUUAGGAACUGCCCUGAAGAUAUUAUUCUCUGAAAAAGAAAUCCAAAAGCUGCCAGAGAAUAGUCCAUCUAAAGGCUUCCAGCUCACCCGACAGGAAAUAGUUGCUCUUUUAAAUGCUUUUGGAAGGCUUUCUACAAGUAUAAGAGACUUACAGAAUUUUAAAGUCUUAUUACAACACAGUAGGUAAUAAAGGCUUUUAUGUGUCUAACUAGAGACAUAAAGUGACUGUGGAAAGCCUUUUAAUUAUGGACAUUCAGCAGAAAGAGACUAGUCUGACUUCAAGAAUUCUGAACUCUUAAAUAGAAAAUUUAAAUGCUCACUUGAAUAUUUAUGAUUCUUAAUAGAUUAUCAACUAGAGAUAUUUAUAAAUGAAGUAUAUACUUUUAAAACAUGUAAGUUAUACUAAUUCUGUGUUUAAUUUCAUGUGUUUUCAUGUGCUGGAAAUUCUAUUUUUCUUAGAACUGGUUUUGUUUUUAUUCUAUUAUCCUUUAUUUCCAGUUGUCAAACUUUAGAUGGCUAUGUCUGCAUUCUAAUAACACUGUUCACAGUCUGAUACGGAAAAGGAGAACUAGGGAACAAAUGUUGCUUAGGGCUGGUGUCAGUGAUAAAAAAAUUAUCAAUGCUUUUUAAUGUGUUUUUACUCUUGCCUCACUCUGUGUGUGUCACUUUCUAUAAUAUAAAGAAAUAUUAUAAUAUUUCUAGAAUCUGGAACUGUCACCAUGAUGAAUGGCCCUUUCAAUACAUAGUUACAGAAACUCCUUAAGAUUCCCCAGGACUUCAAUUUCACUGGUUUUUAGUUGCAGUUUUUAGUUGCUGUUAUUGUUGCUGUUUCCAGUCUAAAGGACCUGCUUUGAUAAAGGUGAACAAGACCUCGCCCCUAUGCUACCCAGCCAGAUUUCAUGUGUGUCAUGGGCUGGCCCAAGAGUGUUCUUUUACUUAGAACUCCUUUUGAUUUUGCUUUUCUUUGCCCCUAGAAAUUUUAGGGACAAAGACAUUUUGGAAAUUGUCAGUUACUUUUAGAAAGAAAACAUUGCAGAAAUAUUUAACAGAUUACUUCUUGAUAAAAUUUAAAUGGGAUUAUAUGAAUUUAUAAUGCCAACUGAAAAUAUUAUAUACACAAAAGUUGCUAUUUUCACUUAAAGUAAGCAUUUUUAAAGGAUUUAUUUUAGAAUACAGUCUAUGCAAUCCUCAAACUCAGUGUGCUUUUCCCUGACAGAAUAUAUAAAAAGGUAGAUUAGGUCAACCCUCCUUUAAGCUUCCUCUCCCCUCACCUUUUCUUUUCACUGUAUAUAAACGGUACUUUCUGUGAUUCGUAGCAACAGAGGACUCUUAAGUCCUAAACUGUCAUUUUCUAAAUCUGGGAUUUAAAAUCUUUAAACAAUAUUUAAAAUCUUGAUUUUUAAAAAAUGUCAGCAGACACAAUUUGGAAAGUUGCAUCUGUGUAGAAGUAAUGUAGGUACAAGAUCUAGAGUUUUUCCUUAGACUCUUUAGUCUUUUCUGAAUUAAAGAAUAAGUGCUCUUAAAUCCAUAUUUUAUCCUGCCAAAGUCUGAAAUGUGUUCAUUGAUGAUUUGGUGACAUCUAAAAAAUUGUAUUUAGUUGGCUUGGCUCACCCCUCUUAAAAAUACUUAGCCAUCUCUCGGUGGGAUGUGGCGGGGGCAUUAAGGUCUCAGAGUUAUUUAUUUUCUCACCUAAUUUCAAACCGUUAUAAACUUGGGGUUUUGUUAUUGAUGGUGGUGAUAUUUUUUGUUAAGUUGUUUAAAAGGCUGACUUGAUUGGAGCCUCCUCUACUUUUUCUUGAGGGAUACAAGUAUUGUAUGGUGGGGGGGGGGCGGGCCUUAAGGCAAACUGUCUAAAAAGUGACUAUCCAAUUAAUUUAGUAAAUUAGUAAGAAUUAUUCUUAGUAUUCAGAGUUUUAAGAUGUGAAAAAUUUGCACUUUGUUUAUUAACUAUAAAGAACUUUUUGAUAGUGUUAUUUCACCCUUCCCUCAGUUAAAGGCUAUUAUUUAAACUGUUUACUAGAGAAAAUCCUUGCUCAUGUCCAUUUAUUUAUUUUUUUCUGUACUGUGAUUUGUUUCAAGCUUAGGAAAACUAGUAUAUUAGAGAAUGUUCUAGGAAAUUAAAAGAUCUAGUUAGAGUAGAAAGUUCUUUUUAAGGUUCUUAACUAAUUUUUUCACAACUAAGAAAAUAAAUGAAGUAUUCUUAGGCUGAAAUUCAUUUUGAUUAACUUUAUUUUAUCAUAAAUUAGAUUGUAGGGGGCAGCCUACAUUUUUGUGUAUGUGUUUUAUUUCUUAAAUGAUUGUGACAUUUUAUGGUUCUUGUGAUAUAAACUGUUUUUCCAAUUCACAUCUUUUGUUGUGAAGUGAUAUUAUACUAGAGUACUGUCUGCAUUGUGAAAAUGCUUUGCUGGUGCUCUUGGCAUUUUGUCUUUAUCUCAACACCUAAUUUAAAAACUCAGCACUUGAUAAUAUAACUGACAGAAAUGAUUGUACCUGCUGAUGAAGUAAUGAAAAUGAAGAAAAGGAAAAUAUUCCUUCCUUCAAUGGCAUAAGUUUAUUUUUUACUUAAGUGGCAUCUAUGUAAGUUAGACAAACUAUGUAUUAAAAUUGGUAAACUUUGAAUGUUUCUCCUGUUUUGAUUCUUAGAUUAUGAGGAGGAUCAGACAGAAUAGUAAUAGACUCCACAGUUUUAAAAUUUGAUAAGUCAAAACGUUUUGACAUUUUUAACAUUGUGAAUUAUUCGAUUAUUUUUAUCCUCUGUAUGUAUAUGAAACUCUAUGCCAUACUUUUCAACUUUGCCUAUGUGCCACAAUUAAGAAAGGACACCUAUUUUGAUCUUCAUCAGCAUUGCCUUCAGUUGAAAAUUUGGGAACAGUUCACAGUAAACCUCUCAGUAGUUUGCAAACUGAAGUACCUGCAGAAACCAUAGCUACUCACCAAAAUACGCAGAUUAGGUACAUGGUAUCAUGGAAAUUAUUUGGUAAAAAAAAACAAAAACAAAACACACACAAAUCUUGUGUACUGUAUUUUAAGUAAUAUCUACAGGUGAAGCUUUGAUUUUUGAACAGAAUUCCAAAUAAUUUACUGUUGUACCCACCAUAAUCUAGAAAAUGUGAAUUAAAGUACAUGUUUCUGCAA